AGCCCGUUUCAGUGGAAACGCCGCAUGUUUUGUUUCUCUUGUUUCCGUUCUCGGAGCUCAGUGAUGUGCGGAAAGAGCGAUCGGGAGCCUCCUCAGGCCGGGAACGGGCGCUGGUGCUCCCUGGCUCUGCGGCAGGUUUGAAGGAGCCGGGAGACUCCGGCGGGGAAGGCCGAGCAGAGAAGCGCCCAGCGCCCACAGUUCAGGCUGUGGAAGGGCCGCCGCCUCCGCCUCGCUCUCGCGCGCGCACGAGCCCCACAUGCGACCUGCAAAUGUGGGGAGAGAAGCGACUUCUCUACAUCCCCUUGAGCAAUACAUAAACAUGGAGGCGGCUGCUGGGAAGCCAGGCGGCGAGGACGACGACGAGGUGGUGAUGAUGGUGGAGCCGCCGCCGCCGCCGCCGCAGCAGCGGCAGAGCCCCGCCGGCAACGGCGUGGGGGCUCCCGCCGACUCGGCCAUGGACAGCUACUUGCGCUCUCAGGGACUGUACCGCAAGCGGGUGGCGAAGGACGGCUCGUGCCUCUUCCGUGCCGUGGCGGAGCAGGUUUUCCACUCUCAAUCUCAGCAUCUUGACAUUCGGAUGGCCUGUAUAAACUACCUGCGGAAAAACAGAGAGCAGUUUGAAGCGUUUAUAGAGGGACCAUUUGAAGAAUAUUUGAAGGGUCUGGAAAAUCCACAGGAAUGGGUUGGACAAGUGGAAAUAAGUGCCCUUUCACUUAUGUACAAAAAAGAUUUUAUAAUAUAUCAGGAACCAAAUUCCACUCCUUCGCAUGUCACUGAAAAUGGCUUUCCUGACAAGGUACUGCUGUGUUUUUCAAAUGGCAGCCAUUAUGAUAUUGUUUAUCCUAUAAAAUAUACACUUAAUGCUGCUCUUUGCCAGUCUAUUCUCUAUGAAUGGCUGUAUGAGAAAGUGCUUGAUGUCAACGUGAGUCAAAUCAUAGAAGAACUUACCCCUCCAGAUGUGACUAAGGAUGGCAAUGGGGAGAGUGAAGCCUCUGACUCAGAGGAUGAAGGCACAGAAAGUGAAACAGCCACACUAAGUUAUACAAAUGGAUUGAAGCCCCGUGUGGGCGAGAAGCUUCACAAACAUGGAAAAUCCAACCCUAUUACCUUGCCUAAAAAUGUUCUCAGGUCACUCAAUCCAUCAGUUUACCAAAACAUUGAAUAUGAUGUCUGGCAGCAAUCAAAGCGAGAUCAGCAAAAACGGGAUUUUUCUAUUGCUGCUGGCAUGCAAUAUUCAGUUGGAGAUAAAUGUCAAGUCCGUUUAGACCACAAUGGAAGGUUUUACAAUGCUCACAUCCAAGAAGUUCAGUCUGCAAAUGGGCCGGUGGUGGUCUUCGUGGAAGAACUUGGUGCCAAGCAUUCAGUGUUGUUGAAGAACCUUAAACCCCUUCCACAGGGAGCUCCUCUGGAGAGCUGGAGCACUGUGCUGGGAAAGAAGAUAAAAAAACCUGCUCCAGUGCAUGGGCAAAGCAUUCAGACGGAUGCCGAUGGCAGAGAGUCAAAGAAUCCAAACAAGCCAGUGAGAACCCCGUUGGUGCUGCCUCCUCGGCUGCAGGGCCCAAGGCGGCAGCAUCACUUACCCAGUCCCGGGAUGCGUUCGGAGCAACCCUCUCCUGAGCACAAAAUGCCAGUCCGAAAUCCCUCGCAGGUUGCAAGAAAGGCUGAUCGUGAGAGAACAGAAGAGUUGGACUCCACAAAUAGGGAUUGUAACUAUUUUGGCCUCUCUCCAGAGGAACGCAGAGAGAAACAGGAGAUCGAAGAAAUGCAUUCACUUUAUGAGCUUCAGUUACGGGAUGAAGAAGCCUUUCCUGCACUUUCGAACUCCUCAGGGUCUCAGGUAGCUACUCAGACGACUGAUAAUUCUGGAUGGAGGAAACCCCUAGUCCUUAACGGGAGACGAGCUAGAAGUCUGAAAGAAGAAAAGGAGGAUGCAGAAGCCAUGGAGGAGAAAGCACCCAGUCCUGGGCAGACCCCCUUAGAUCAGAUGCUUGAGCCCAAAAUAUCUAAGAACAGUGGGGUAAAUGUCGCAGAGGCAGGUGCAUCACCUCCCUCAAGUCCUGGAAGUACACAGUCCCCAUCUGUUGAGCAGAGCUUGCAGGAACCCUUGCAGGGUGCAAAUCCCACCUCAUCUUUGGCCUUUCCCGAGAUGCAUUUGCCUCCCACAGUGCCUUCUCUACCAGCCGUUGUGCCAGCGUGGCCAAGUGAGCCAACAACCUAUGGACCAACAGGUAUUCCACCCCAAAUACCUGUGUCAUCAGUGAUGGCAACGCAAGCAACUGGACUAGAUUCCACUAUCUCUCAACCUCAGAUGAGCUCCAGUCCAGUUACUGGUAUUCCAGUAUCGCUCCAAGCAGUUAACCAGCCUUUAAUGCCUUUGUCUCAAACACUGAAUCCUUACCAGGAUCCGCUGUACCCUGGAUUCCCUCUAACCGAAAAGGGGGAACGAGUCAUUACACCUCCGUACUCUUUGUGCAGCACAGGGGAGGACCUACCAAAUGAUAAAAACAUCCUCCGAUUUUUCUUCAAUCUUGGUUUAAAGGCAUACAGUUGUCCCAUGUGGGCCCCACACUCAUAUUUGUACCCUCUACAUCAAGCUUGCCUAACAGCCUGUAGAAUGUACCCAAAGGUGCCGGUUGCAGUCUAUUCACACAACCCUUGGAUGCAAGAGCUGCCUUUGACUCAGAAUGGAAAUGAAGCUGCACAGAUAGACGGACAUUUUCCUGUGCAGGACGAAGUUGGGAUGAAUGGCCAGAACCCACAGACAGACACCAUGCCUCAUUCCAUGCCCCUGUUCAUACCUGCUGCUCAACUGCCGGAAAGCCAAGGGCUUGUCUGCGUAGAGUCUGGGAAUCCAGCACAAGCGCUGCAUGCUGAAUACGACGAGUCCUUGGGAGGCAAAAGCAUGUACCCACAGCCUACAUUUGGUGGGCAGAAUCCAUUUUUAGGGCCUGUUCCAGUUGCACCACUUAUCUCUCAUCUUUGGUAUGGCUAUCCUGUUCAGGGCUAUGUUGAAAAUUCUGCGGUGAGGCAAGUUGUUGUGCCACGUGAGGACAAUAGAGCAGAUGCCAGCUUGCCUGAGUGUGGUUCUCCGAGUCCCGUGGCAGGAUGUGCAGAGUCGCAGGAGGCCAAGAGCGAAAGCAGCGGCCAAGGCCUACCUCUCCUGCCUACAACUGUCACCAAGAGCGAAUGUAAUGUUCUAAAUAAAACCUCAACCAGAGUGCCUAGGGACCAGCAGACUGGUCCUGCUACCCAAACUCCCACCCAAGUGAAGUCUGUACUCCAAAAUGCUUCCACGGAGACACGGCACAUCAAGAGGCAGUUGGUGUCGACGCCAAAACCUGAGUUGAAAAGCACUGCUUUUAGUCCCAAAGACAAGACUGUCAAAGCUGGUGUUGCUGGCAAUGGAUCAGCUGCCUUGGAAGAAAGUAGGGUACCAAGGACAAGGGAAGAGAGUUCUGAAGAUGAAUGUGAAGUAUCUAAUAUGCUGAGAAGUGGCCGGUCAAAGCAGUUUUAUAAUCAAACUUAUGGAGGUGGUAGAAGACCUAGAAGCGAUUGGAGCCAUCAUCCUGGGAGGGGGGGAUACCAGUAUCCAAGAAAUGAGGAGCCCUGGAAGGGGCCACCCACCAGAAACAGAGAUGAAGGCUAUCAGUAUCAACGCAGUUAUAGAGGAAGGCCCUAUCGGCAUGAGAGAAGAAGAGCAAACAUGGGAGAUGGCCAUCGUGGGCAUCCGUUACCUUGAGUACGUCGACUACUGGAAGACUUCUAACAUGCAUACUAAAGUUGAUGGAGCUAAAAUAUGCCCUAAGGCUUGCACUCUUUCUGCUUUGUUUCAAGAUCAGAAUGCCCUUUUGUAUUAUUGGAAGAGUGACAUAAGCUCCCAAGUGUUAUAUAAUUUUUUGGCUAUUAAAACUGCUAAAUUUGGUUUAUUUGAAUUCUGGAAACUCCAUAUAACUAUUGCGUUUCAAAUACUAAAUGUAGUUUUUGGUUUGGGCUUUAUUCCCCCCCACCACCACCUUGAAUCUGGUAGAGAGAGAAAGAAGUAGCUAGAUUGAAAACUCACUGCAGUUGAACAUUUGACAUGACAAUGAAGAAUGUUGCACCAAAUAGAAUGUAUAUUGUAGUAUAAUGUACCUUGGGUCCGAAUCAGAGGUGGGGAACCUACGGCUUUCCAGAUGUUGUUUGGCUCUCAAGUCCCCAGCAGAAUUGGAAAUGUAGUCCCAACAGGUGGGCGGCCUCUGGUUCUCAACCCCUGGCAUAGCCUCAGCUUCCUGUUGUUUUUGAUGUGCUUCCAAUCCAAAGGCCUUUCAUCUCAAAAUUUGUGAAAACUUGAAUGUGUGAGGUUGUGUGUCUUACUUCAAUGAAAAUGCCACAUACGGCAGUUGUCUAGCCUUGUGUCUUAUAGAUGGGUUAUAGUGUUUUAUUCAUAGGGGUAUAUUUUUUAAUUUUAUAUUUAUAAAGCAUUUCUUGAAUUAGUCAAAGCAAUCAAAGAUACCUGUGUGUAAAGUACGUAGGAGGUUCAGUUCAGUGGUGAAUUCUUCCAAGCAGUCUUAACACUGGUAGGACUGUUAUGAUGCCUAUGCCAACUAUGUAUAUAAGACAAAAGUAGAUGCUAUGCAUUUCCAGAAUAGUUUUUCAUCUGUUACAAUACAACUUUUAAGAUACUUUUGCACUGACAAAUUCCUAAACGGGAGAGAUGCAUGUAAUAGAGCUGUUGCAUUUGUUUUGUUUUUAAAAGCAAGGCUUAGGUUGAACUCAUUGCAUUUCUUUUUCUUUGCACUGUUGAAACUGGUUAUAUUGCUGUUUUUAAAAGCUGAGAGAGAUUUCUGACUUACUUUUACACUCAAUCUGGAUGCUUUCUUCUGCCUCGCACAACACUGCAAUGUGCACUCCAUUUGUUUUGCUCUGUAAAACUGAUCUGUGUAUAUUUGUCUGUAUAUUUCACUGUAAAAGGUGAUGGUUACUUUUUAUUCAUGUCAAAGAGAUUGUAUAACCUUUUUUUGAUCAAGACCAUUGAGUCGGACUAUGAAUUCUUUUCAAAUGCAUGCUAUAUAAUUAAAAAUGUUUGCCCUUUCUGAUACA